AUGACUAAUGAGGUGACCAACACUCUAGCAAAUCUGAUCACUCUCUAUCUGUGCUCUGCUACUACUGCUGUUGCUGCUGGUGGUCUCCUCCAAACAGAGGAAAAAGAAGAAGAAGCUAAAAAGGAACAGGAAAAGGAAGCAAAGAAGAAGAAGAAGUUACCAGAGCCAUACCAACCUCUUCUACCUUUUCCCCAAAGAUUCCAGAAGGCUAAACUGAAUAAGCAGUUUAGAAAGCUUUUAGAAGUUCUGAAGAAACUCUACAUUAACAUUUCCUUCACAGAAGCAUUUUCUCAUAUGCCAUCCUACACUAAGUUCCUUAAAGAGAUUCUUUCAAAGAAAAGAAAGCUGGAAGACUAUGAGACUGUUGCUCUUACAAAGGAAUGCAAUGCCAUAUUACAAAACAAGCUGCCACCAAAACUAAAAAAUCCAGGAAGCUUCUCCAUACCUUAUCUUAUUGGCAACAUGAAGAUAGACAAGGCACUCUGUGAUCUAGGUGCAAGUGUAAGCCUGAUGCCUUUAUCAAUAUGUCAGAAGCUGGAUGUUGGAGAGCUAAAACCCAUAAUAAUUUCACUGCAACUAGUUGAUUGGUCUAUCAAAUACCCGGUGGGGAUCCUAGAAAACAUCCCCAUCAAGGUGGAAAAAUUCUUCAUCCCAGUUGAUUUUCUUGUUUUAGAAAUGGAGGAAGACGUUCAAAUUCCUAUCAUCCUGUGA